AUGUGUAUGCGGGUGGCGGUGUGUGAGUGUGCCAUGUGUAUGCGGGUGGCGGUGUGUGAGUGUGCCAUGUGUAUGCAGGUGGCGGUGUGUGAGUGUGCCAUGUGUAUGCGGGUGGCGGUGUGUGAGUGUGCCAUGUGUAUGCAGGUGGCGGUGUGUGAGUGUGCCAUGUGUAUGCGGGUGGCGGUGUGUGAGUGUGCCAUGUGUAUGCGGGUGGCGGUGUGCGAGUGUGCCAUGUGUAUGCGGGUGGCGGUGUGCGAGUGUGCCAUGUGUAUGCGGGUGGCGGUGUGUGAGUGUGCCAUGUGUAUGCGGGUGGCGGUGUGUGAGUGUGCCAUGUGUAUGCAGGUGGCGGUGUGUGAGUGUGCCAUGUGUAUGCGGGUGGCGGUGUGUGAGUGCGCCAUGUGUAUGCGGGUGGCGGUGUGUGAGUGUGCCAUGUGUAUGCGGGUGGCGGUGUGUGAGUGUGCCAUGUGUAUGCGGGUGGCGGUGUGUGAGUGCGCCAUGUGUAUGCGGGUGGCGGUGUGUGAGUGUGCCAUGUGUAUGCGGGUGGCGGUGUGUGAGUGCGCCAUGUGUAUGCGGGUGGCGGUGUGCGAGUGUGCCAUGUGUAUGCGGGUGGCGGUGUGUGAGUGCGCCAUGUGUAUGCGGGUGGCGGUGUGCGAGUGUGCCAUGUGUAUGCGGGUGGCGGUGUGUGAGUGCGCCAUGUGUAUGCGGGUGGCGGUGUGCGAGUGUGCCAUGUGUAUGCGGGUGGCGGUGUGUGAGUGUGCCAUGUGUAUGCGGGUGGCGGUGUGUGAGUGCGCCAUGUGUAUGCAGGUGGCUGUCUAUUAG